UUUUAAUAUUUCCAUAGACAGAGAGAUAACCGAAAGGAAUCCACUUGCUUUGAGUGCUGGGGAUUCUGGUUGGGAACAUAAUUCAAAAACCAAAUGAACUUUUCGAAAACUAAUUUCAUUGGUCUGUGAUAAGUGAAGGUCAAGCAAAGAGGAAAUUUUUUAUGAAAACUACCAACAACAAAAAAAAAACCAACCACAAACAACACACAGCGGAACCAACGGCAAGGAAAACCACAAAAAAGGCAGCAUUUCCCAAAUUAGCAAAAUUGUAGAAAUUAUUUAAUGCAUCAAAUCGUUUGACCAAACAACAAGCAGCAGCAGCAACUGUGCGGUUUCACACAAAAAGGCGGCCAUUCGAAAACCAAAAUAAAAAAACGAAUCUGAAUAUAAAAAAACCCAAAAACCUAGCCAAAUUAUAACACAAUUUAUUUAUAUCAUCAACUGCAAGGCGGCAGGCACUUCAUUAAGCAUCAAAGCGAGCUGCGUCCAACCGCAGAACGUGCAAAUUGCGCACCGCAACAGCAGCAGCAGCAGAAGCAGCACCACCGCCCCCGGAGCCACCACUGCACCACUGCACCACGCCAGCCGUAAAAUGUUGGCCAUGCCCACGCUGAUGAUGCCAGCCACCGCCCAGAUGACGCUCAGCGCCGCCCACGGAAAGCCCUACGAGACAAAGCUGCUGGCCAUUCACCAGACGCACCUGCAGCAGCAGCAGCAGCAACAGGCGCCCGCCCCCCCGCAGCAGCAGCAACAACAGCAGCAGCAGUCGCAGUUGCAGCAGGCGCCCAACGGCAAGCAGCAGCCGCAGCAGAUGACCAUUGUCACCACGCAGCAGCAGCAGCAACAGCAGCAGCAUCAGCACCCCCAGUCGCAGUCGCCGCACCAGCAGCAGCAGUCGCAGCAGCAGGCCGCCGCAGCAGCCGCCGCUGCCGCCGCCGCCGCCCACCAUCAGCAGCAGCAGGCGGUGGCCGCCGCCGUCUGCGCCGCCCAGCAGCAGGCGGUGGUGGUGCAGCAGCAGCAGCAGUACCAGAUCCACUCGCAGCAGCAGUCGCCGCAGCAGCAGGUGCUCUGCAUCUCGCCCAAGCAGGAACAAUUCCACAUCUUUGUCGGCGACUUGAGCUCAGAAAUUGAAACUCAGCAAUUGCGCGAAGCAUUCACACCAUUCGGCGAAAUCUCCGACUGUCGCGUGGUGCGCGAUCCACAGACCUUGAAGUCGAAGGGCUAUGGCUUUGUGUCCUUCAUCAAGAAAUCGGAAGCCGAGAGCGCCAUUACGGCCAUGAAUGGCCAGUGGCUUGGCUCCCGUUCAAUUCGCACGAAUUGGGCCACACGGAAACCGCCGGCGAGUAAAGAGAACAUCAAGCCGUUGACCUUCGACGAGGUCUACAAUCAGAGCAGUCCCUCCAAUUGCACCGUUUACGUGGGCGGCGUCAACAGCGCCCUCACCGCCCUCAGCGAGGAGGUCCUCCAGAAGACCUUCGCCCCCUACGGCGCGAUACAGGAGAUCCGCGUCUUCAAGGACAAGGGAUACGCCUUCGUGCGCUUCUCCACCAAGGAGGCCGCCACCCACGCCAUCGUGGGCGUGCACAACACGGAGAUCAAUGCCCAGCCCGUGAAGUGCUCGUGGGGCAAGGAGAGUGGUGACCCCAACAACGCGCAGACCAUCGCCACCCAGGCGCUGAACAGUGCCGCCGCCGCUGCCGCCGGCUUCCCGUACGGAGUGGGCGCAGCUGCCGCCGCCGCCGCCUACGGACAGCAGCUGGCCGCCACGGGCUGCUGGUACUCGCCCACGCCCACCUAUCCGGCCUCCUCGGCCACGGCGGCCGCGGUGACCCCGGCGGCGGCCAGUGCAGCCGCUGUGCAGAACCAGUUCCUGCAGGGCAUCCAGGGCUAUCACUUCGGCCAGUACGGCGGCUAUCAGCAGGGAUACAUGGGCAUGGGAGUGCAGAUUCCGGCCACCUGGCAAGGCGUCACCCAGGCGCAGAUCUCACCUGCCCAGCAGCUGGCAACGGGCGUGGCCGGCACCGCCAUUCCGCAGGCCGCCGGCGUGGUGGCCUAUCCGAUACAGCAGUUCCAAGUGAGCCCACAGGUUUAUCCUUUACUCUUGCAGGCACAGUAAACGCCAAAAGCCAAAUACCGAAAAUCCAAAGCAAAAUUUUUAAGUACAGCUGCAAUUUUCUGAACAGAAACAAAACCAAACUGAGCUGUAAAUAAAAUGCGAAGCGCAGAACACACAAAUUGCAAAACAAUUGAUGGCAACUUGAAGUUUGGCGAUUUUAGAGAGCUGCACCCCAGAAACAAAAGCAAGCGCGAAUCCGAAAUCCAAAACCCACACCCACAAAAGUAUAUAUCUAGAAAUAUAUAUAACAACUAGAGCAUAAUUAUUUGUCAACGCCCGUUGAAUGAGCAUCGGGGGAAGCAAACAAUUAUAAUGUAUAUGCAAAAAAAGGCAAAGAAGCGAACAUAUUUUUAACCCUAGUUGCUUACACCAUCACACACUCACAUCACACAAUGCUUUAUGUAAAUGUGUUGAAGCACGGCGCGUAUAAAAAAAUAAUAACAAUUAUUAAUUGAAGAAGGCGGCAGGAGCGUAAAUAAAAAAGGGGAAUACAAUUUGGUCGACGGAGAACGUAUAUCGAGUGGGUUGUAGCGGCCUAAAUUAAACACAGUCGCGGCAUUAAAUUAAAAUAAACAUAAUUAAAAAUGCGUUAAAAUUAAUUACGCGCACACAGACAGGCUCGCAUGUAUGCAAGUAAAUAUUUGUGCGUCUGUGUGUAUGCGAAGCGCCCUUAACCCCACAUUAUCCCUCUCAUCUCACACCAGGACCCGCAUCACUUUGUAUUGCCUACUUUUCUGCGCAGUUUGGUUCUAGCUCAGCUUAGCACACACACACACACUCGUACACCACUUUCACCGGUCGAGUGAAAGUGUAUCUUUUUUAGCCAUCCAACUCUUGCACACCACAAAGUGUUGGUAAUUGAACAGAGUGUGGAAGCUAAAUGGCUUGAAGGGAAAUGAAAAAGAUAAAGCACUUUCACUCAACCACCCACACUUAGCACUAGUGCCUAUAACUAUGAUAGAUGAUACUGCUUAGAAAGAACUGCCAGUUAUCGAAGCAAGUGCAGUUGAUUGGCCAACUAGCUCGUCAUGUCCUGCUAUCAUUUCCUAUAUAGAAUGCAACUGAAAGUUCACGCACUCACACCGAUUUGUGAUCGAUCAGCAAUCGAAAGACAGGUUCCUACACACGCACACUCACACGGUCUCACCAGCACUCGCAGUUCGAAGUAUCUGAGUAUAUAGUAAUCGUACGAAAGUCCAGGAAAGUCCAGCCAGCCCCGCAGCCCCAUGAUUUGCUUGAAAUCCGACUCGUAGCCCUUAAUCCAUUAUGACUUUUCGCUUCACUUUCAACAAGCGCCUCACGAGAGCCCCUUGUACAAAAAGCAGCCGCAAAAAUGUUUCAAACUCCCUCCAACAACUUACUCCUUAACACGCCAGUAUUAACCCAUGUUUGUACAUGUUACGUUUAUGGUUUUAUUUCAGUUGCCAGAAGAGGAAUGGUUAGCUGCAAAUUUGUUGUGUUAGUUCUCUGUUGUUUAGGCCGAACGAAGGCGAUAAGGAAGCCCGAAACAAGCAAACCAAGUCAAACCAAACCAAACUAAACCAAACCGAAACCGAACCGAUAACCAAACAGAAUAUCCAAGUAGCUAAUAAUAUAUAUAUAUGGUAUAGAGACAGAGAGAAGGCCCCUACACAAGUAAAGUAUAUUGAAAACAAUCAAAGUAUGCCAUCGAAUGAUAUUAAUUGAUAUUAGCUAAUCGAGCAUAGCCGUAAUAAAGUAGAUAUUAUCGCCUAAUCAUAUAAGCCAAUAAACACACUUGCAGCCCGUAAGCAGAGACAGUUUGGCAGGACACAGGUCACAGGACACAGGAUAACGAUAACGAUACCCAGAAGGCAAGCAUUAAUCAACUUAUAGACAACAUGACACACACACACACCCGCGAUAGGGAUCGAGAAUUUCAGAUGGUAGUACAUGAAUGUGAAACAUAAAAAUAGUCUUAUGGUAAAUACAACUAAAAGUGUAGAGUAUAUAAAUGUAAAGUGGUAAAGCCUAGACUUAGCGUUGGUUGAUAAGUACAUAGAGUAUACACAGCAUAUGCAUUAAACAAACAUGCUUAUAUAACGUAUAUAUACGGGCAGUAUAGAAAACACUCACACCACAAACGAACACUCACAAUCACAUACGGAGAAGAAAAACUAGAUGCGAGCAGCGUAUGGUAAAUGAUAUUUAUUGUUUAUUGUGUUGUAUGCGUUGGAUGAUAACUCACAAAUAGAUGUGCGAAAUGAAAACUAAUUAAAACGAUGACAACAGCAGCAACAAAUCCCAAGUACUAGAAAUAGCAAUACGCAUACGUAACGUAAUCGCAAUCGCAGUCGCAUAUAUUUUCGUGCGUAUCGGACAAUUAAGCUGCAAAGGACGAAGGGACGAGGCUUGAUUUGCAUUUGACACGCCCCAAUCCCCAGCGAAUUGGCAGCGUGGAAUUUGUUAUGUCAUUUUUUAGUGGAAUUUUUCGCAGCUAACGGAUCAGAGCAUUUAGUUACUCGGGUGUGGCCCCCAGCACCAGUAAAUGUCUAUCGAUAAUACCCACGCCGGAAUAUAUCCAAAUAUAUAUAUUUGUAGGAUGCGCUCACUCAGUACGAUAAGAGGGGUCAGGGGAUUUUAGCCAAGGAUCUGUGGAUCAGCAGGACAUGUAGUCUUUGGGGGCAGUCGUACUGUAUAUUUAAAUGUUUUUAGCACUAGAACUUAGAGAAACUACGAGACGCAUGGCAUGCGACUUAGAUGUAGAUGUGAUUUUAAAGUGGGCGGGAUUGGGCCGGAUUAAUGCAAGUGAAGUGAAGCUGACAAAUGCAUUUUUUGUUGUUACUUUAUUUUCUAGAAAUUUUGUUGAAGUGAGAAAAAAAUGCGAGAACAAAAAUUUGAAAUGUUGUUGACCAAACGAAAAUAAGAAAAAAUAAAAUAAAAUAAUCUUAAAAGACCGUUUUGCAGGAAACAAAAAUUUGGCUAGGAAAAACAGAGAAGAGAAAACCAUUUAUGAGCGAAAAAGUUUAUAGUUAAGACAGAAAAAAAACGGAAAAAAAAUAUUAUCGGUUUGUUUGUUAAUGUUUGCGCUACAUAUCAGUAAAGAGUUAAAAUGGGUAGUUGGCACGUAGAAAUAGUGAAGAGUUGGAAACUAAAUAAGAAUUAACUGUGGAAGGUAAUGAACAUAAAGACAAGCUGACGAAGACGACGAACUAAAUAAUAUACAAUUAUUAAAAAGGAAAACAUUAAAAAUAAAUAUGAAUAACAGCUGUAACUGUAUGUAUUUAUGUUGUGUAACUACAAAACGUGCUAAGUCAUUUAUAUACGUCUAUAUAUAUAUAUAUAUAUGAACAUAUACAAAGUAUUUAUACACAUGAAAGCCCACGUCACAUAUACCGCAGAGAAGGACUAAUCCUGGUAGAGGGAUUUUCCCAGAGCAAAUACCGUGUAGCUGCACUCUAUUGCCGGAUGAUGAUGAUGAUUAUUAUUAUUCAUCGACUCAGGUUCUGUUCCGAUCAUAGCCCAUUGCCACCAUUAGUCGAGCAUAAUUCAAUUCCGAGUCCUUCGCUUUGAGUUACUAAUUCGGUUUGGAGUCAAUGCCAACUACACACUGAAACGAUUGCAGUUAUUAACCAUAAACUACAAUUACCAAUUAGUCAAUUCGAAGUGUAAUUAACUGGAGUGCUGAAACAGGAGCAGUUAGCUAAAUUUACCACACGCAACGCGAAAAACAGGCGAUGCAUGUGGGGGCACAUAGCGUAAAUUAAACUAAACCGAGCGAGGGGAGAACAAAUUUUAACGAGAUCCAGUUGCAGCAAGGUGAAACCGAAAAUCAAUCAAAUAAAAGUAUUAUCUAAGCUACAAAACAAGUAUAUAUAUUUACAUGCAGGCAGACCCUUCAACGUGGAAUGGCAGUGCAUACUAUGUAUCCGAUAUCUGAGUGUGUUCCCCAGUAAGUUCGAUUGCACACCAGUCAGGGAUAAUGCAGGAGUAUCUAAGUUACUGGCAGACACAGAGAUGCAGAACAGAACAUUAUAUUUAAAGUACUAGCCACGAGAACCAAAGCAAAUCAAAUUGAAAUUCUGGAUAAUCCGAGCUAGCAACCCCGGGAUAUUUUUGUGCAAUAAACCAGACGGAUUGAAGGGCAUGUUAUGCAAUUAAAAUUACACUAAGAUUGUAAACAAAUCAAAUGCAAAUGUAGAAAAAAUCAAACGAUGAGCAAACAACCAAAAGCUGCUAACAAAACAAACAUCAAAGGAAAAACAAAAGCUAGAACCAAAAAAGUUUUGGAUGGCAUUCGACACGAGGACAGAACUCACACAGAUACAAAUACAGAAACAACUACAGAUACAGAUACAGAUACCGAAAUAGACACAGACAUAGAUAUCGAUAUUAUACGAACAAUAUAUAUAUAUAUAUACACACAUAUAUAUAUACAGACGUAAAAUAUGAUAAGUAAAUAGCAAAUAACUAAAGUAAACAAAGUAUAGAUAUCGACUGCAGUAUUGCAAAUAUUUUGUAGAAAUUUAAGCAUGUUUGAGUGUGUUUUAGGACAAGGACUAGAAAACACAAAGGCGAAAGGCAAACAGGAUGAAAAAAUCGAAAACAUUGUAGCGGAAUAUAAAGGCCGAGAAAACGAGCAGACCCAAACCAAAAAACAAACAGCAAGAACAAAGCCGAAAAUUGGAAACCUAAUGCAUAAGCUAAGUAUUAAAUAUACACUAAAACGGAAGUAUAUAUACAAUUUAAAUACGGCGUCACAAGUCACACAGACACACACACAUACAAACGGCAUUUGCAUAAGAAAACACUCACACACACACACAAAAGUGAAACAACGUAACGAAUAUUAAAAGAGUUAAUCAAAUUAAGCAUAACAAGAAAUUCAAAGGAAAAAUAUUUAUAGUUGAAAAACAAACAAAUAAAAACCAGGAUAAUUUGGCUGCGUAUUUGUAUACCAACGCGCCAAAUAAACCCGAAUAACCCGACAGCGAAAUGCAAGCGAAAUAUUAUACAACAAUGUCAGCGAAGCGUGGAGGUCACCAGCCACCGCCCCUCAAAGGCGGUCUGGUGGUGACCCCGACCAGUGGGGGAAGUGGUUUUAGAGCUAGAGACGCUGGGAGGCCAUAGGAGGCGAAAUGCAUAGAAAAAUUAUACUUAGGUGACGGCAAAAACAAAAAAUCGAAAUAAAAAAACACAAAAAUAACACAAAAACAGGAGUGUAAUAACAAACAAGUGAAGAGUCAGGCGGGAAGUAAAAACAAAGAACAACUGCAACAUAGAAAUGAUGAAAAUAAGUAAAUAUACCGAAUAAACAACAAAAAUUAUAUUAUGUAUACAUAAAUAUAUUGAAAGAAAACAAAUAAAAACGAACAAAAAAAAUUUUGUAAAAAUAAA